GGGCAACCUGGAGAACUCGAGUACCACACACAGAGUACAUGCUUUGAUUGGCCCUCUAGAGAUUUUCAUUUUGAGGGCUUUGGACGACAGACCGGGAUGACAGUGAUGAUACACCACCACUUACGUGCUGGGUGCUGUUCUAGGUUUUACACUUACCCCUUUCAUCUUCAUGUGCCCUGUGAGACACACGCUCUUGUCUAUCAUCCCUGUUUCCCAGCGGUGGAAAUCCAGACUCAGAGAGAUUAAGUCUCUUGCCUGAGGUCUCUCACAACACACAACAAGCUGGUGAUGGAGCCUGAGGUCUCUCACAACAGCUGGGGCCUGGCAGACCCCUGCCCGCCUUCCCCACCUUAGAAUGCACCUCCGAUGUGGAGCCGGACACACGGGAGAUGGUGCGAGCCCAGAACAAGAAGAAGAAGAAGUCCGGAGGCUUCCAAUCCAUGGGCUUGAGCUACCCAGUGUUCAAGGGCAUCAUGAAGAAAGGCUACAAGGUGCCAACACCCAUCCAGAGAAAGACCAUUCCCGUGAUCCUGGAUGGCAAGGACGUGGUGGCCAUGGCCCGGACUGGCAGUGGCAAGACGGCCUGCUUCCUCAUCCCAAUGUUCGAGCGCCUCAAGACCCACAGCGCCCAGACUGGGGCCCGUGCCCUCAUCCUCUCGCCCACCCGAGAGCUGGCCCUGCAGACCAUGAAGUUCACCAAGGAGCUCGGCAAGUUCACAGGCCUCAGGACUGCCCUGAUCCUGGGAGGAGACAAGAUGGAAGACCAGUUUGCAGCCCUGCAUGAAAAUCCUGACAUAAUCAUUGCCACUCCAGGGCGUCUGGUGCACGUGGCUGUGGAGAUGAACCUGAAGCUGCAGAGUGUGGAGUACGUGGUAUUCGAUGAGGCAGACAGGCUCUUUGAGAUGGGGUUUGCGGAGCAGCUGCAGGAGAUCAUCGGCCGCCUCCCCGGGGGCCACCAGAUGGUCCUGUUCUCUGCCACACUGCCCAAACUGCUUGUGGAGUUUGCCCGGGCGGGCCUCACGGAGCCUGUACUCAUCCGGCUCGAUGUGGAUGCCAAACUCAAUGAGCAGCUCAAGACCUCCUUCUUCCUUGUGCGUGAGGACACCAAGGCUGCUGUGCUGCUCCACCUGCUGCGCACCGUGGUGCGGCCCCAAGACCAGACGGUGGUAUUUGUGGCCACGAAGCACCACGCCGAGUACCUCAGCGAGCUGCUGACGACCCAGGGCGUGAGCUGCACCCACAUCUACAGUGCCCUGGACCAGACGGCCCGCAAGAUCAACCUCGCCAAGUUCACCCACAACAAGUGCUCUGCCCUCAUCGUGACAGACCUGGCGGCCCGUGGCCUGGACAUCCCGCUCCUGGACAAUGUCAUCAACUACAGCUUUCCUGCCAAGGGCAAGCUCUUCCUGCACCGUGUGGGCCGCGUGGCGCGGGCCGGCCGAAGCGGCACAGCCUACUCCUUGGUGGCCCCAGACGAGGUCCCCUAUCUGCUGGACCUGCACCUGUUCCUCGGCCGUGCCCUCACUCCUGCCCGCCCCCAUGAGGGUUCCUUAGGUGUGGAUGGUGUGCUGGGCCGCGUGCCACAGAGCGUGGUGGACGAUGAGGAGAGUGGCCUACAGAGCAUCCUGACGUCAUCGCUGGAGCUGGGGGGCCUGAGCCGGGUGGCUGACAAUGCCCAGCAGCAGUAUGUGCGCUCCCGGCCUGCACCCUCGCCUGAGUCCAUCAAGAGGGCCAAGGAGCUGGACCUCACAGGGCUGGGCCUCCACCCCCUCUUCAGCUCACGCUUUGAGGAGAAGGAGCUGCAGCGGCUGAAGCUGGUGGACAGCAUCAAGAACUACCGCUCGCGGGCGACCAUCUUUGAGAUCAACGCCUCCAGUCGGGACCUGAGCAGCCAGGUGAUGCGCGCCAAGCGGCAGAAGGACCACAAGGCCAUCGCCAGUUUCCAGCAGGGACGACGAGGGCGACAGGAGGACACAGCUGGCCCAGCCCCAGGCUGCCCGGCACCCCAGGAAGAGAAGCCCGAGGAGGAUGAGGAGGAGGAGGCAGCAGGAAAGAGUAUAGAGGAGGUCUUCACUGAGGUCAUGGGCCGGAAGCGGCAACAGCCAGGACCUGAAGGGGGAGCCAAGAGGCGGAGGGAGGAGGCCCGGCAUCGGGACCUGGAGUUCUAUGUCCCCUACCGGCCCAAGGACUUUGACAGCGAGCGGGGCCUGAGCAUCAGUGGGGAUGGGGGCGCAUUUGAGCAGCAGGUGGCUGGCGCCGUCCUGGACCUGAUGGGGGACGAAGCCCAGAACCUGACCAGGGGCCGGCAGCAGCUCAAGUGGGACCGGAAGAAGAAGCAGUUUGUGGGACAGUCAGGACAGGAAGACAAGAAAAAGAUCAAGACAGAGAGUGGGCGCUACAUCAGCAGCUCCUACAAACGGGACCUCUACCAGAAGUGGAAACAGAAACAGAAAAUUGAUGAUCGUGACUCAGAAGAGGAAGGAACAUCCCACCAGCGAGGCCCAGAGCGAAGAGGUGGGAAGCGGGGCAGAGGCCAAGGUGCAGCCCAGCCCCGCAGCCCAGGCGCCCCUGCAGGCCGCGUGCGCUCAGAGCUCAAGACCAAGCAGCAGAUUCUGAAACAGCGGCGCCGCGCGCAGAAGUUGCGCUUCCUGCAGCGUGGGGGCCUGAAGCAGCUCUCCGCCCGCAACCGGCGCCGCGCCCAGGAGCUGCAGCGGGGCGCCUUUGGCCGGGGUGCCCCCUCCAAGAAGGGCAAGAUGAGGAAGAGGAUGUGAGGGCCGUGACCCGGCCCUGUGACUCCUCGCAUGCUCCAAGGGUCAGGGUGGACAUCGCAGAUGACCCCGUGUACCACCGUGUGCCUGGCCCUAUGCCAGGUGCUGGCGGCGCUCCCUGCGGGUGCUGCAGACCCUAAAGAAGAGCACUGUGUGGCCACGGAGGGCAGCAGCCGCCUCUGCCCAAGACAGAGACGGAGACGUUUAAACAGUCUUUAAGGGCUCCCAGGAGUUUGCUGGUGAGGUCGAGGCGGCCACACCUGAGUUGCUCCUGCUUCCACGCGUGCUGGGUGGUUCCUGAGCUCAGAGGUGGUGGCCACAUGGCUCUGAGCCCUGAGUGCCUAAGGCCCAGUGAUGGAUUUUUAAUGUAAUAAAUCUUUAUUACGCACCUCCAGUGGACAAGGAGUGCAGUCUACCCAAGAAGCUGGAAGGGGCAGACCCAGAUAUUAAAACAGGUGUGCCUGCUGAGCUGAGAGACACAGUGGGGGCUGCGGGAGGGAGGCGAGAAGCAGGGUGUGGGGCAGAGGGCUCAGUGGCUCCCCUCUGGCUGUAAAGGGGUUAGUUAACAUGGCUCCAUCACACCCCCAGAAGUCAGAAUUGGUCCCGGCCUCUGCCCUCCAAGCCCUGUGCCCCCAGCCCCAGUUUGGGGUCCUGGGACAGUCAAAGGUAGCCUCCAGCAGCUGGAUUUUCAGGCCACCAAUCAUCUGCAACAGUCCGCAGUAGAGGAGGCUUUGUGCAAGUGCCUGCUGUAUGACCCUCUCGCCAGUCUGGCUAUUUUACUUUACUUCCCAAACACUCAGAAUGUACCAGAAUUUGCAUCAGGCUUCAUUCCAGACACUUGACACACAUCAGCUUGUUUAAUGCCAUGACUGCCCCCGGUCCUAGGCCAUGUGGCAGAUGAGGGAUUGGUGCCCCCCCCCCUCGAGUGCACACUUAUUUAGCACUUGCUAAAUGCCCCUCUUGUACUCCGCACGCCAGUCUGAGCGAGCAUGGCCCUCCCAUCUCAGGUGGGCACCACUUGGCACACACCCUGCAAGAAAUGUAUACCUCCUUUUCAGGGGUCCCCCUGCCCCCCUGCUCACCUGGGUCAAGGGUGGACUGGGCCCGACGAAAACUGGUCAGCAUGGAGGACCGGUCCAGUAUGAACAGUUUCACCUGUGGGUCCCCAACACAGCAGUCACAUCCCAGCCCCUGGGUGUCCAGUUCCACCCCCCCACAAAUACAAGGUAGGAUGCUGCAGAGUGGAGGGGGGGUGGAGACCCCUAAUAAAGCUAUGAUGAUGGUUCCCUGGGACCAGCAAACCUCCCCUAGACUGAGGUCCUUUGGGCCUCAGUCCAAGCCUCCAAAUGGUUUGUAAGCAGACACCCUCAGUUUCCUAGCUGGUUAUCUAUCACCUGCAUUCUAAUUAAAUGAGUAUUUUCACUUAACAUUAA